ACUGCAAACAUCAUAGAGGGGAAAAAGCAAAGAGCCUGACUUGGAACAGUUCAGUUUUCAGCUCUCUGCUCAGAGUCUAACACAGUUUAUGGUGGAAUAAUGGCAAACAAUGAAACACAUCCCUUUAUGGAAAUACUAAAAUCAUUUAACCAUGCCGAUCUGAUUCUCGCCUUCUGUUUGUCUGUGCUCGUGGGCCUGCUGCUGGGCGCCUUGAUCUACCUUCUAUUAACAUGGGCGUCCAGGCGCAGGGCCACUGCCAGGAUCACCAGGCGCUUUAAAAAGAAACCUGGCACUUCACAAAGCAACAACCCCAUGGACGGCCACCUGGGCCUCUACAGGAGCACGUUCCUCAGCGUCUACAGACAGCCCUCUCUGGAGCCCGUGGGCCCUCUGGGGAGUAAGCCUAGUCCGGACACCUCCACGUUUCGCCCUCUCCCCAAGAGAACCAGACCGGUCCUGGAGAUGGGAGAUGGCACUGAGGUCACGAUGCCUGAGGACACGGCAGGUUCAACCUCCUCAGAUUCAGCAUCACUUGUGCCAAAUAAGAGACACUCUUUCUGGCUGGGCAGCAGUGCACUUAAAGGAUUCCUCCCCUCGCAGACCCCCCCUCCUGCAUACGACAGCGUCAUUCAUGCCUUUGAAGAGACCAGCACUUGAAAGUGUCGCCAUAAAUAUAACAGGAACUAAAAGGGAGAAUAUUCUGGGCUUAAGGUGGACUUCAAAGCUCCGGUUUCUGCCGCUGUUUGGUUUACAGCAGUUUGUCUGUAAGAUGAUUACACAGCCACAGAGCGAUGUGUGCGAUACAAAGAAGGAAUCAAGUGGACUGAAGAAAGGUUUUCAAAUAAUUAAUUAAUUAAUUCAUUAAUUAAUUACUUUAGUUACUUUAGUGCAUGACAAUUUCCUCAGAGCGCGGAGCCCAAGGUGAUGUCAUCUGGCAUAGUUAGUUAGUCAUAACUGCAAAAUGGCAGAUUGUGAUAAGAAAUUUUUAAAUCCAUACUGAGACACUAGUCUGGAUUGUGAGAGGGAGAAAUUCUAUGCUAUAUUAUCUAAUAUAACAAUAAAGAUGCUAUAACAUGC